CGAUAACCGACUUGGGAAACCCCAACCCUGUUUGGAUCACGGAUCCAUCCACUGGCCACGAUACCAACGCGACGUUACUCAACAUGUUGUCCCGUCAUGGGAAAGUCAUGUUAGCCGAGUUUUCAAUGGGCUACGCGCGAUAAGCAUUUCUAUAGGGUAAUUUCGCGCUAUUAUAGGGUAAUGGAUACAGGGGUGCGAGGGGUAGGCUGUAUGGGGCCGGUGCAAGCGGAGGGAAACGGAUCUGGGGAGGUAUAAGAGGUAUCUGGAGUAGUUCUUGCACUGCGCGGUAUGCUCUAAUACCUCGCAUUCCUCUUAGCUCCUACCCUUGCAUUUCCUUCUGUUGCUGUUGAUUCCUUUCGGGAAGCUUUCCGUAGCGUCAAAGCAAUCCUAAAUCAUUUUUCAAGAAAGACCUCCCAUCAUACAAGGAAACAUGGGCGUGAACGAGUUCCUCCAAUCGUCGCAGGAGCAGUCGAGGCCCUGGGUCGAGACGCCUCUCAGAGAGUCAUAUGCACUGUCGCAGGCAGCGGGAUGCAGAAUCUUUCUCAAGCUCGAGACCCUUCAGCCGUCAGGAUCGUUCAAGUCACGAGGUAUAGGACACUACCUCGUCAAGCGAGUUGAGGAACUCCCCGCACACAUCAACAACCCCCACAUCUUUUGCUCAAGUGGCGGCAACGCUGGUCUCGCCGCCGUACACGCCUCAAGGACGCUCGGCGUCGCCUGUACAGUCGUUGUACCUUUGACUGUCAAGCAGCUGAUGGUCACCAAGAUCAAAGCUGCUGGCGCUUACGAGGUGCUUCAGCAUGGUGAUGCGUGGGCGGAUGCUGACAAGUACAUGAGGGAGGAGCUGAUGCCGCAGGCUGGCGAAGCAGCCAUAUACGCCCCGCCUUUUGACCAUCCCGAUAUUUGGGCCGGAAACUCUAGCAUCAUGUACGAAAUUGCCACCCAGAUGCCCGACAGUCCUGCCGACGCGAUCAUAUGCUCUGUCGGCGGGGGUGGACUUCUCAACGGCAUCGCCAUGGCUCUAGAUGACCUGCGUCUUUCCGACUCGACAACUGUCGUCGGUGUCGAGACUGCCGGAGCGGAAUCUCUCGCCGCUGCUGUGCGCGCUGGCCAAUUAGUCACACUUCCCAGGAUCACAUCACAAGCUACAUCGCUGGGCUGUGCGAGAGUCACGCAGCUGACGCUGGAUACCGCCCAGCGGCAGAACUUCAAGGGCGUCGUGCUCCCAGAUGCCGAGGCAGCGAUGGGGUGCUGGCGCCUUGCCGACGAUGAGAGAAUCAUGGUCGAGCUUGCCUGCGGAGUCAACGUCGCAUUGUGCUAUGACGGACGACUAGAGAAGGCGCUCGGCCGCAAGGUGCGCCCUGACGAGAAGAUUGUCAUUGUUCUUUGCGGAGGGAGCAACGUCACUGUCAACAUGCUGUCCGAGUGGCGGAAAGAAUAUGCUUACCUCGAGGAGCCAGUGGUACGCAAGGAAGACGCCAAGGUGCAGGACCUCCCAGAGGAGGUGCCUGAGAUCCCAAGACGGGCACCAGUGCACAGACAGUGGAACGAGGAAGUUCUGCAGCUCGAGGCGAAGCUGUAAGCGGGCCUCUAGUGUUUCCGUUUCCGUUUCCGUUUCCGUUUCCUAGGCUUUGUCUUUGCUUUCUGUUUCUUACAUGCAUAGCGAUCCCCGGCAAUCAUACAAAAUGGCG